AUGAAGAUCAUCUUAAGCAUACUAGUGACCUCAAUACUGCUCAUUAGCUUCAGUGAUUCUCGACAUUUUCCAAAGAGAAAAAGUGUUUACAUUUGCCACAGAAACUUAUCAAUCGGUGCAAAAGUUCAUGUUUUUCUUAUGAAACUGAUGGGCAAACAUGAUGUGCUGGGAAGUGAUCAUAAAGAUGGAUGUCAACUUGUGCAUGUUACUGACGCGAGUAGUGAGGAAUCUGACAGUGAUGAGAUAUCUGUUGCACCGAAGAACUUAGUAGUGAAUCGUCAAAAUGAACCAAAGUGGUUGAUUGAUAAUGACAGUCGAUCAGGUUGA